CUAUUGGACCGUCAGAUACGCGGCAUUCAGAGAGAGGAGGAGAAGGUUAAGCUCGAGCUGAAGAAAGCGGCCAAACGGGGCGAUCGCGACGUGUGUCUCGUGUUGGCCAAAGAGAUGGUCAAUUCACGCAAAGCGGUGAAUCGGAUCCAUACGUCGAAAGCGCAGCUAAACUCAGUGAUGAUGAAUAUGUCUCAACAAUUAGCGACACUACGGGUGGCCAACGCUAUGGAGAAGUCGACGUCGGUUAUGAAGUCAAUGCAGUCUCUGGUGAAGAUCCAGGAGAUCUCACAUGUAAUGCAAGAGAUGUCACGAGAGAUGAUGAAAGCGGGAAUCAUUGAGGAGAUGAUUGAGGAGACACUCGACGACCAGUUGGACGUCGACGACACCCUCGAAGAGGAGGCCCAGAAAGAGGUGGACAAA